AUGGCAGGAGAGGAACUUACUAGGGUCGCCGUGGUGCUAGGCCUUGGGAUACUGCUAGAUGAUUCCUUAACAUUAAAUGCACAAGCUGCAAAUGGAAUCAACAAAGCCCUCAGAUCGCUGGGCUUUGUCACAAGAAAUGCAUCGAAAUUCAAAAACCCGCUUGCCCUAAAAACGUUGUAUUUCUUGCUAGUAAGACUUCUCUUAGAAUUUGCCUCAGUGGUAUGGAAGCCUACCUUUUGCAACUACGCCAUAAGACUUGAACGCGUACAAAAUAGAUUUCUACGAUUUGCAGCUAGGCAACUGGGUAUGCCGAUAAAUAGACAAAAUCACGAUUACAGCAGCAUAAGUGAAGCUAAUCAAAUCUCCAAGGAAUUAGAUUUUUCGAAACCUCAGCAACGCGAUUCAGAAGUAAUCUGCGAAAAAUCGUAUACCAUGCCGACAACAGCGCGGCCUAAGCACAAUAGUUAUUAUACUUAA